AACUAAUUUCCCAAACAAACCCCAAUUACUAACUUUAUACGAACUUAGCUUCCAUAAUAAUAACGGUGACAUUAGUCAAUACUCAAUACCAUGUUACUCAAUUCUUCUUCCUCCAUUAUUUCAAAUGUUCAUCUUGCCAAACAUAACGAACCAGUGGAACCUCUUAUUAGUAAUCAUAGAAUUAUUAACAGUUCUCGGAUCCGUUGCGUGGCAACAACCACAGCCGUUGUUCCUCCAAGAAAAUCAGCAAAUUACCAGCCUAACCUCUGGACUUUCGACUUUUUACAGUCCUUAAAGCAUGAUUAUUCGGAUUCGAUAUACGAGGAUUUAAAUGGGAAUCUAAAAGAGAAAGUUAGGAGAAUGAUAAAGCAGAAGGAAGAUAAUGGAGAGAUAUGGCGGCAUAAACUGGAUCUAGUUAAUGAUGUGAAGAGGUUGGGUCUGAGUUACCACUUUGAGAAGGAAAUAGAAGAAACACUUGAUAGGUUUGUGUCUAGUAGUGGCAAAUUUGUGAAUACGAAUAACCUGCACGAAACCGCUUUAAGCUUCAGGCUCCUAAGAGAAUAUGGCUAUGAUGUCUCACCAGAUGUGUUUGAGAAGUUCAAGGACAAGAAAAAUAACUUCAAGAAAAGCCUUACCAAAGACGUGAAAGGGAUGCUGAGUCUAUACGAGGCAUCAUUUCUUGGUUAUGAAGGAGAAACAAUCUUGGAUGAGGCAAAAUCAUUCACAACCUUCCAUCUCAAGAACUUAAUCAUCAAUGAUGAGAAUAAUGUCCUCUUAGAACAAGUGAAGCAUGCAUUGGAACUUCCAUUGCAUCAUAGAAUCCAAAGACUUGAAGCCAGAUGGUACAUUGAGGCUUAUGAAAAAAGAAGAGACGCAAAUAGGAUAUUACUUGAAGCAGCUAAAUUAGAUUUUAACGUUGUUCAAUCAACACUUCAAAAAGACCUUCAAGAAAUCUCAAGAUGGUGGAAGCAAGUGGGAGUAGCCUCAAAGUUAAGCUUCAGCAGAGACAGGUUAAUGGAGUGUUUCUUUUGGACUGUUGGAAUGGCCUUUGAGCCUCAUUUCAGUGAUCUCCGUAAAGGAUUAACCAAAGUCACUUCCUUCAUUAUAAUAAUCGAUGAUGUCUAUGAUGUUUAUGGGACCUUGGAUGAGCUUGAGCUUUUCACCGCAGCUGUAGAAAG